GGCAGCGUGUCGAGGGGGAAGGAGAGGAUAAAAGUGUGCGGCCUGCUUUUAGAGUGAGGGACUGGCCCUUUAAGGGGUGCUCUGACGUCAUCGCGCCGCGCCGCGGCAGCACCUGCCGGACCCUGAGCAACGGCGCCAGGAUGGGCGAGGAGCGCGGCGCGGGCCUGGCGGGCAGGGUGCGGACGGCGCUGCAGAAGGUCUUCGGCUUUGAGGCCUUCAAGACCCCCCUGCAGGAAGGGGCGACCAUGGCGGCGGCGAAAGGCGAGAAGGAUGUCUUUGUAUGCAUGCCCACAGGGGCAGGGAAAUCCUUGUGCUACCAGCUUCCUGCAGUUCUAGCAGUGGGCAUCACCAUUGUCAUUUCACCUCUGAUUGCACUGAUUCAGGACCAAGUGGAUCACUUGCUGGCUCUGAAGAUCAAAGCCUGCUCUCUGAACUCCAAGCUCUCUGCCCAGGAAAAGAAGACCAUCCUGGCUGACUUAGCAAGUGAGAAGCCCCAAGUAAAGCUCCUGUACAUCACCCCAGAGAUGGCUGCUGCCUCCUCCUUUCAGCCCACUCUGAACUCUCUGGUGUCCCGAAACCUCUUGUCCUACCUGAUAAUCGAUGAAGCUCACUGUGUCUCUCAGUGGGGACACGAUUUUCGACCUGAUUACCUACGGUUGGGCACUUUGCGCUCUCGCAUACCAAAUACGCCAUGUGUUGCCUUGACUGCCACUGCUACCAAGCAGGUCCAGGAGGACAUUGUGGCAGCUCUUAAGCUAAAGCAGCCUCUUGCCACCUUUAAGACUCCCUGCUUCAGAUCUAACUUGUUCUACGAUGUGCAGUUCAAAGAGCUCCUGACUGAUCCAUAUGCCAACUUGAAGGAUUUCUGUCUGAAAGCACUAGAAGUGAAGAACACCACGGGGGUAUACUCCGGUUGUGGCAUUGUGUACUGCAGGAUGAGGGAUGUGUGUGACCAGCUGGCUAUUGAACUGAGCUACCGAGGAGUGAAAGCCAAGGCGUAUCACGCAGGACUCAAGGCAGCUGACAGGACUUCAAUCCAGAAUGAAUGGAUGGAGGAGAAGAUCCCAGUUAUUGUCGCAACCAUCAGUUUUGGAAUGGGAGUAGACAAAGCAAAUGUCAGAUUUGUUGCCCACUGGAAUAUUGCCAAGUCAAUGGCUGGAUAUUACCAAGAAUCUGGCAGAGCUGGGAGAGAUGGGAAGCCAUCCUGCUGCCGCCUCUAUUACUCUAGGACUGACCGAGAUCAAGUCAGCUUCCUGAUCAAGAAAGAGCUCUCUAAAAUCCAGGAAAAAAAAGGCUCCUUGAAAGAGUCUGACAAAGCUGUGAUGACAGCCUUUGAUGCCAUAGUCAGCUUCUGCGAGGAGCUGGGCUGUCGCCAUGCUGCCAUAGCAAAGUACUUUGGCGAUGUCACUCCGCCUUGUAACAAGUGCUGCGAUUACUGCAAGAACCCAGGGGCAGUGAAAAGGCAGUUGGAGUCACUGGAGCGUUGCAGCAACAGCUGGAGCAAAACCUGCAUUGGGCCCACAGGCUCCUCCUGGGAUUGUUACGAUCCAGAGCUGUAUGAAGGAGGGAAAAGAGGUUGCAGAGGUUUUAGCAGGUAUGAUGAGGAAAGCGGUGGGAAUGGGGAUGAAGUCAAUGAAGAAAAUCGGAAACGGGAGUGGAACAACUUCUACAAAAAGCAGAUGAGUCUGCGCAAAGGCAAAGAACCAGAAAAGGAAGACUUUGUUCCUCCAAGUGCAGACUGCCCUUUGAAGGAUGCCUUCAGCAGGAGAAUCUCUAAGCUCACGGUGAAGGGACGGGAACACUGCUUGAAGAUGCUGGAAGAAGCUUUAACCAAUAACCAGAAGGUUCCAGCAGCAACAGGAAAAGGGUCAGACCCUCACGCCUGUGCUGUGGAGCUGGAGCAUGAAGCUUUCCGAACCAGUAAAAUGGCUAACUCAUACAAGGCAACUGUGUUAAAGAAGGUAGCAGAGAUCAACAAGGCCUCAAAAGAAGGAGAAGUGUUCUCACUCUUUGGGUCAGGAACUGGUAGCCACAGCAGCUUGGAGACAAAGUCUGGAGAUCCAGCAGAAGAAGACUUCCUCCCCGCAUCCCAGGUUUACUCGUUCAAACCCAAGCGUGUGGGAGCUGGGUUUCCAAAGAAAUCCAGCUUGUUCCAGACAGCUUCAGAACUGCUGAAGAUUGAGGAGGAGAGCAAUGCCAAGCCUGUCAAAAAAGAAGACUGUUCAAAUGGGCAGGACAACAGCAACUGCAAUCUGGAACUGGACACCAGAAUCCCUGUUCUCCAGAAGAAGGAAGUAGCAACCAAAGCAGUGUGUGAGAGUACUGGGGGAGAAGUACUCCUUCCUGAAAAGCAGGGACAGCAACCCAGUCCAGAUACAAAAGCUUCCCUUUGGGAUAGCCCUCCUAAGAAGGCCAAACCUAGCAAGAAGCAGCAAAUGCUGGCAGAAGCAGCCAUAAAAGAAUCACAGGACAUUUCCAAGUUCUUCUCCCUCACUAAAGCUGGAUCUAAAGCCACAAGUUGCAGCUCAGCAGAGGAGGACUGCUGUUCUGCAAGGACACUACCUCAGGUUUCUUCUCAAAGCAUGUGUCAAGAGAAAUUGAUAGCUCAGGAAAUCAAAGAUGUCUCUGGAGAGUAUGUGACUGGACAGUCCCUGGCAGAAGAUAAAGAGUUGGAGGAGAUGGAAGGAACAUUGACUGAGAGAGAGGAGAAUUUUAAGACCCAGCAGGCUGCUGAAUCUGAACUACUUCAGACAGAAGUUGAUGAAAAAUCCAGUGCUGCUGAAACUGUCACAGAAGCCGAGCUAACCGCUGUUGGGGAAGGUCAGAAUGGGAAGAGACCAGGAUCAGAUGAGGAUAUAGAAAGCCCUGCAACAAAAAGGCUACGGACAGCAGCAAAAUCUUCUAUUCUGUCCCAGCCAGAAAGCAAAAGUGUUGGUCCAGCAAAGAAGAAAGUGACUUUUGAUCCAAACAUAUCACAGUGUGAUAAAGAAGGAACCAGCAAGACCAUCCAGCCAGUGACCAAAGGCAUGUCCCUCAAAGAGACAGCAGACAUCGUUGUCAAGUAUUUGACCCCAUUCUACAAGGGUGGCAAAUUUGCUUCCAAGGAUCUGUUUAAGGGCUUUGCUCGGCACCUGUCUCACCUACUGACUGAAGAACAGAACCCUGCCCGCAAGACUGUGAAGGAAGAAGCACAGAGACUCAUCAAGGAAUUUUUCAAAACACGGGUCAGGUGUGAGAGUGAAACAGACUGGCAGGAGCUGCAGAGCUCAGAGAGAUAAUCUUUGCAUCCUGUUGGCUCUUUUCCUUCUUCGAGCAGGUGGGAUCAGGGGAUCUUGCUGAACUUGGCCAAGGAGAGUUUCGUGAAAAUGCAGAAGGGAGCUUUUUCCUCCAGCUGCAUUUUUUUUGUUCUGUCUGCAGUGUCACCUUAGUGACACUCACUUCCAGGAAACCAGUUUCUGUGAACUUAUGGAGAGUUUCUCCAAUAACCAGGGUACUGAAGCCCUCCAGCACAUCUUGCCAGGAGGUGUAAAGUCUGCAUCUGCUGUGUAGGUUAGGGGCUGCUGCCUCGGGUGUUCUGCAGUGCCUCCAACCUCUGGCCCCCGCAGCAGUCUGGGAAGGGCUCAGAUUUUCCAGUUGGGACUCUGCUUUGGGAUAGCAUCCUUUUGCUCCCUAGAUGGCUCCUUCCCUCGCCCCCUCUCCCCCAUCUCUUACGUUCUUAUUUAAGUGUUACCAGUAGAAGCCUUACGCUACAAAUACGUUCACAUGCUUUGCUCAGGGCUGCCAAUGAUGGAGUUGGUGGUUGAGUUCCUGGAUGGAACAUUUUCCCAUGGAGGGCAGUAUUUUGUUUUUACCGUGUGGGCACUGCCUACUUUCCGAAGGUAGAGAAACUCAGAUUCUUUUUGUUUUAAUCCUAACUUUUUUUUAACUGUCUAGUUCUGCCUGCCCUUUAAGUGGUGAUGCUCUUUCAGUGUUAACCUCUCGAAAGGUGGCACCAAGGUUGCUGACACGUUUCCAGCAUUUGCUUGUAACCCCUAAAGCCAUAUCUGCUUCCUGUGCCUCACCCACAGCAUCCAGUACAGAGGGCAACGCUGCUGUUGCAACUGGUUAGCAUACUGCUGUAGCCCUCAAAUUGAUGCUGUGGUGCCUCUGCUGCUAUAUUUAUAUAAGGACCUGAACCUUUAGGGCAUCAGCGUGCUUCAAAUAACCUGAUCCCCAGGCACAAGUCCUUUCUGUUGGGUUUUUGUUGGGUUCUGCCUUUGUUCUGUGCCUACAAGAGGGUGGUGGCCUCAGGUACUAGUGCUGCUAGAGGAAUCCACAGCCUGAGAAGCCAUGAAAGAAACAGGCUUUUGAAUCACUUGUACUCAACAGAUUUUUUUUUUUUUUUAAUAUACUGAAGGGUAUGUGCGGAACUGACAAUAAAAUGUUACAGCUGUUGUGGA